GGUGGCGCGUUGGCGAAAUUGCUAACUUUCGCCAUUUCACUCGCAGUCGUGCCAAUAUGUAGCUACUUUAUGUCCUUGACCUACGUAUGGAGAGGGAAUGCAAACUACGCCGCUAUAACUGCAAUUGUCAUGGCCAACGUAGUCUUAGUUUCUUACAUCAUUGUUUCCAUCCUGGAGGACAAAGGGGAACCCACUCCACUGAGA